GGUUGCCACUAGCAAAUGUCCCAACUCUCCCGGACCAUAAUACAGUUUUAUGUAUACUGAGGUGUUUUCAUAGUGUUGCAAUAAUAACGAAAGAGGAUGUAUGUUAUAUCAGAAGACACGGUGGGAAGUGAGACGUAGUGAGAAUGGUGGAGAAACGGCCACGCCUGUGAUCUGACGUGACGCUAACUGAGUGCAGACCGUCAGCCCCGUUCUUGUGGGUCACAUGACAGGCCAGCCUUCCCGACUGAUCUGAAACACAUCCCAUAACCAUGCCAGCAACACAGCAGUCACCCCAGGAUGAACAGGAGAAGCUUCUGGAUGAAGCUGUGCAAGCUGUCAAGGUCCAGUCGUUCCAGAUGAAGCGAUGCCUGGACAAAAACAAGUUGAUGGAUGCUUUGAAGCAUGCCUCCAACAUGCUGGGUGAACUAAGGACCUCCAUGCUUUCUCCAAAGAGCUACUACGAGCUCUAUAUGGCAAUCUCUGAUGAACUCCACUACUUAGAGGUUUAUCUGACUGAUGAGUUUGCCAAGGGACGUAAGGUGGCAGAUCUGUAUGAGCUGGUCCAAUAUGCGGGCAACAUCAUCCCCAGACUUUAUCUGCUAAUUACAGUGGGUGUGGUGUAUGUUCGGUCCUUCCCGCAGUCUCGCAAGGACAUUCUGAAGGACCUCGUUGAGAUGUGCCGUGGUGUCCAACACCCACUCAGGGGCCUCUUCCUCAGAAAUUACUUGUUGCAGUGUACUCGCAACAUACUACCAGAUGAUGGAGAGCAGUCAGAGGGAACAGAGGAGAUGACCGGUGACAUCAAUGACUCCAUCGACUUUGUCCUUCUAAACUUUGCGGAGAUGAACAAGUUGUGGGUUCGAAUGCAGCAUCAGGGUCACAGCCGAGACCGAGAGAAGAGAGAAAAGGAGCGACAAGAACUUAGGAUUCUGGUGGGCACCAAUCUAGUUCGGCUCAGCCAACUGGAGGGUGUCAAUGUGGAGAAAUACAAACAGAUUGUUCUUCCUGGAGUCCUGGAGCAGGUUGUGAACUGCAGGGAUUCACUGGCUCAGGAGUAUCUUAUGGAAUGCAUCAUUCAGGUUUUCCCAGACGAGUUCCACCUUCAAACACUGAAUCCUUUCCUGCGUUCCUGUGCUGAGCUACAUCAACACGUAAAUGUGAAGAACAUCAUCAUUGCCCUCAUUGACAGACUUGCUCUGUUUGCUCAUCGAGAAGAUGGCCCAGGGAUCCCUGCUGAAAUCAAACUGUUUGACAUCUUCUCUCAGCAGGUGGCCACUGUAAUUCAGUCUCGCCAGGACAUGCCAUCAGAGGAUAUUGUAUCGCUUCAGGUCUCUCUCAUCAAUCUGGCCAUGAAAUGCUACCCUGAACGUGUAGAUUAUGUAGACAAGGUCCUGGAGAGUACUGUGGAGAUCUUCAACAAGCUCAACUUGGAACAUCUCCCUUCUUCUCCCUCCUCUAGCAUAGCAACGAGCAGUGCGGUGUCAAAGGAACUUACCAGGCUGUUGAAGAUCCCGGUGGAUACCUACAACAAUGUGCUGAUGGUUCUGCAGCUCAAACACUUCCCACCACUCUUUGAAUACUUCGACUAUGAGUCCCGCAAGAACAUGAGUUGCUAUGUGCUGAGCAACACAUUGGACUACAACACCACCAUUGUGGCACAAGAGCAGGUGGAUGCCAUCUUGAACUUGGUGUCCACACUGAUACAGGACCAGCCAGACCAACCAACUGAUGAUCCAGACCCAGAGGACUUUGCUGAGGAGCAGAGCCUUGUGGGUCGUUUCAUCCAUCUGCUCCAUUCUGAAGAUCCUGAUCAGCAGUAUCUUAUUCUUAAUACAGCACGCAAACACUUUGGAGCUGGUGGAAACCAAAGGAUUCGCUACACAUUGCCUCCCCUUGUGUUUGCUGCCUACCAGCUAGCCUUUCGAUACAAGGAAAACUCCUCAACCGAUGACAAAUGGGAAAAGAAGUGCCAGAAGAUUUUUUCUUUUGCCCACCAGACAAUCAGUGCACUCAUUAAGGCUGAGCUUGCCGAGCUGCCUCUUCGACUCUUCCUGCAGGGGGCACUAGCUGCAGGGGAGAUUGGAUUUGAAAACCACGAGACUGUAGCGUAUGAGUUCAUGUCACAGGCAUUCUCUCUCUAUGAGGAUGAGAUCAGUGACUCCAAAGCUCAGCUGGCAGCCAUCACGUUGAUUAUCGGCACUUUUGAGCGAAUGCGAUGCUUCAGCGAGGAAAACCACGAGCCCCUGAGGACUCAGUGUGCACUGGCUGCGUCCAAGCUGCUGAAGAAGCCUGACCAGUGCAGAGCUGUCAGCAUCUGUGCCCAUCUCUUCUGGUCGGGUCGCAGCACUGACAAAAAUGGUGAAGAGAUCCGUGAUGGUAAGCGGGUGAUGGAGUGUCUAAAGAAAGCUUUGAAGAUUGCCAACCAGUGCAUGGAUCCAUCACUGCAAGUUCAACUUUUCAUUGAAAUCCUCAACAGAUACGUCUGCUUCUAUGAGAGGGAAAACGAUGCGGUGACAGUCCAGGUGUUAAACCAGCUGAUCCAAAAGAUCAGGGAAGACCUUCCCAACCUGGAAGCUAGUGAAGAGACGGAGCAGAUCAACAAACACUUCCACAAUACACUGGAGCAUCUUCGUCUGCAGAGGGAAUCCCCUGAAUCUGAGGGCCCUGCCUACGAGGGUCUGGUCCUUUAAAGCUAAUGUAGGUUGGGAAAUAUAAAGUCCAUUUUAGAUGUUCCACUAUAUUAAGAGUAGACGACCGCACACUAUCACAAGAAUAAAGAAGUUGUGUUAAAGGCCAGGAAUAGAAAUAAACAUUAAGAGCUGAAAGAACUCAAUUCAGUCCUUCAUUUAGUUGUUGAUGUCUCUUCAUCAUUCCUCCUUGCUAUCCAUCCUUGCAUGUGUAAAGCAAUGCUGCACGUAACUUUAGUGUGCAGUCGUGGCAAGUCUUUUAUUUACCAUUCCUUUAUAAGGCCACAAUUAACCAGUUUGUCUGUAUCCUGCACUAUGUUAAUGUUGAUGGAGGACUUGCUAACUGUGUCAUCACGCCUUCAAUUGUUGAUAUCUGUCCAUAUUGAGAAGCGAAUGUAAUAGCCGAGUGUAUAAAAACUAGAGAAAAUCUAAAAGUUGUAGUUCUCUCGCAGCGGGUUUGCAUACGGCCUGGUUUCCUGAACAUGAAUAAUCAAUAACUCUGCUGUUCUUUAGGUUGACUUUGUGGAAACUUUAAACAGAUUGUGCCAAUCCAAACUGAAGACCAGAUGACCGUGCAAUCUUUGGCCGUCACACUUCAGCGUUCUUCUUUUUGCCACAUCGUGCUCGCCAUUCUCUCUCUCGUUAGGCUCCUUAUAGUGUGUCUCAUUUGAAGUCAGGACUUCUCACCACUGGAUUGACCUGGUCAAAACUGUGGUGUGUUUGCAUGCUUUAGUGUGCUUGGCAUCAAAGGGCCAGUGUUUAGUUCACUCUCUAUGGAUCUCACUAAUUACACUGUUUUACGUUCUUCCCCAUGAUAUUUUUUGAUAACAAACCAUGUCCCUUUGGAUGAACAUGUUAAGGAGGUGCAGCAGUUCCUCAGGAUUGUAUGUUGACUGACUUGUCAGUGUACAAUGGUGCAGAAGCUUUGUGUCGUUUUCCACAACAUUUAUUGAUUUCUCUUUCUUGCUUAUUAAUAUUGAUUUGUUGGAGUCGGCAUUGACCUGUUACUUUUUUGCUUUUAAAUAUGUGUUUAAAUGCACUUGUAAAUCAGAUAAAUAAAAAUACAGAUUAAGUAGAAAUGAUCAUUGUCACUUACUGAAAUAAAAUUGACAUUAACAGUA